CUCUUCAGGGAUGAUUCUGUCCCAGAGGAUAAUAUUUGGAGGGGUUUCCUCUCUGUGAUUUUCUUCUUUCUAAUCAUCAGUGUUCUAGCCUUUCCCAAUGGACCUUUUACUCGCCCACACCCCGCAUUAUGGAGAAUGGUUUUUGGUCUCAGUGUGCUCUAUUUUCUCUUCCUGGUGUUCGUGCUCUUCCUUAACUUUGAGCAAGUAAAAGCAGUAAUGUACUGGCUGGACCCCAAUCUCCGAUAUGCCACAAGGGAAGCGGAUAUUAUGGAAUAUGCUGUGAACUGCCAUGUUAUCACCUGGGAGAGAAUCCUCAGCCACUUUGAUAUUUUUGCCUUUGGGCAUUUCUGGGGCUGGGCCAUGAAGGCUUUGCUGAUCCGCAGCUAUGGGCUGUGCUGGACCAUUAGCAUCACCUGGGAGCUCACCGAGCUCUUCUUCAUGCAUCUUCUGCCUAAUUUUGCUGAAUGCUGGUGGGAUCAAGUCAUUUUGGACAUCCUGCUUUGUAACGGGGGUGGCAUCUGGUUGGGCAUGGUAGUUUGUCGUUUCUUGGAGAUGAGGACCUAUCACUGGGCAAGCUUCAAGGACAUUCACACGACCACAGGGAAAAUCAAGAGAGCUGUGUUACAGUUCACCCCAGCCAGCUGGACCUAUGUUCGCUGGUUUGACCCGAAGUCUUCGUUUCAAAGAGUGGCUGGAGUCUACCUUUUCAUGAUCAUCUGGCAGCUGACUGAGUUAAACACCUUCUUUUUGAAACAUAUCUUUGUAUUCCAAGCAAGCCACCCUUUAAGCUGGGGGAGAAUCCUCUUUAUAGGAAUUAUUACAGCACCCACUGUAAGGUAA